AUGAUCUGUCCGGACCGGUCCCGGUCGAGUGGGCGACCUGUCGAGCUCACCCACCUGCACCUGCAGAACAACGAUCUGACGGGAGCAUACCGGCAGAGCUGGGAGACCUCGCUGUACGAGGAGCUGCGGCUCGACAGCAACGACCUGACCGGCCAGCUUCCCCCAGAGCUGGGAAGCCUGAUCAGGGUCACUCGCCUCUGGGUGGCCGACAACGACCUGUCCGGCUCCAUACCGGCUGAGCUCGGCGAUGGCGAACCUCGAUUGGCUGAACCUGGGGCGGAACACUUCAGCGGCCAGAUUCCCGCUGAGCUGGGCAACCUGUCGCGGAUGCGGCGGCUCUACAUCUACGAGAACGACCUGUCUGGGCCCAUACCCGGAGCUCUGGGCAGCCUGUCGCGGCUCACACACAUAGUGGCCCAGGCGAACGACCUGAGCGGCGAGAUACCUGAAGAGCUGGGGAGCCUGGCGAACCUGGUGUGGAUGGGUCUCCAUGACAACGACCUGACAGGCGAGAUACCUGCGGAGCUGGGCGGUCUUGCCAAGCUGCAGCGUCUAUACCUGACCAACAACGAGCUGUACGGGGAGGUACCGGAGGAGCUUGGGGACCUGUCGGCGCUGACCGACCUUUGGCUGAACCACAACUACCUGUCGGGCCAGAUUCCACACUCACUCGACAACCUGGACAAGCUCAGCAGGCUGAGGUUGGCUGGCAACAGGGCUCACGGGUGUCUGCCCGCGGGCCUGGCCGCCGUGGGUAACAGCGAUGCCGACCAACUGGGUCUGGAGACCUGUGCAGACCCGCCGUCGGAACCGAGUACGGAGUACAGGAGAAGACGGCUCCGAGCCGUUGCACCUAAGCAGGCAGCGACGGGCGACUGUGCAACUGGAGGCGCGGUGCCCGACGCGGCCAACAACCCCGGCCUGGUGUCCGACUGCGAGGCGCUGCUUGCGGCGCGGGACACCCUGGCACGGACAGGUUCGCUGAACUGGUCAGCGGAUACUCCCAUCACUAAGUGGGAUGGCAUCACAGUGCGAGGAACUCCGAUGUUCCGAAACUUGGCGUUCGCCAUGCGAUGUGUCCAGUGUGGGCAUGAGUGGGAUGUACCGCGACCGCUGGACUACCCGAAACUCAUGUCCAUUCCGAUAACCGUCGGUCGCCUGAAAUCGGGCUACCCCGCGCGCACAGCGGGCCAACGCGCGACGGAAACGACGGGGUAG